UUAACCGGGCGGUUGUUAAAAACGUUUUACGGAAUAUUUUUGUUGAAUUAAUUUCUUUUAUAAUUUAAUUGAAUUCUUAUGAUGGAAGAUGAUGAUGAAUCUGGUGUACAUCGCCUGGAGGGUUCAAGUGCUAGUGAAAUGCGUGGCGGUUUGGUUCUGAAAAAGACUAAAACUGAAGACAAUAAAUUUAAAGUGCCCAAACCAUCCAUCUUGGGCUUAGACAAAUUGGCUGCUCAGAAGCGCAAAGAACGCGAGGAAAAUCAACGUUUAAUAUCGUUCAAGGAUAACGAAAACGAUGAUGAGGAUAAGGAUAUAAGGGGAGGAUCAACACCCACAAUGCCAAGUGAAUUUGCUUUUAAAAAGCCGGACACUCAAAGUUUUCACAAAUUGAGCCGUCAGUUGAGGGCACCAAAGGAUGAAACUCCAACACAUACGGGCGGUGUUUCCGAAGAGGCUCGUGAGCGUUUGAGAGAGCAUAUCAAAAGAGACCGGAGUAAAAGUGGUGUGCACUAUUCCACGAAAGAUUAUGAUAGAGAACGUGAUCGAGAACGGGAUAGAGAUAGAGAACGUAGCCGAUCAUCUUCGUCAUCUUCCUCAAAGGAUAGGCGGGAUAGAGGUCGUGAAAAGCGGCGUGAUCACAGAGAUCGUGAGCGUGAUAAUCGCGAUCGCAGAGAACGCAGUGAAAGAGAGCGAGAUCGUGAUUCUGACAGAAGUAUUAAUACGCCACGCUUUAAAGAUGAACCACGAACUCCUAAUACAAUUUCUGUGUCGGGUAGCGCCUGGGAAGAGGACGAUGAGUCGGGAGAACGUUUUUCACGUAAAUCUUCCUGGGAUUUUCCCACGCCCAAAUCGUAUGCCAGUUCGGAGAAAGGCGAUUGGUCACAACGCAGUGGCAGCAGUGGUUUUAGUUCAAGCUCAUCCUCUAACAGCCGUAGUCGCUCUCGGCGAGAUCAUCAACGUGAGGAUGACACCGCAAGACCAACUCCAGCCCAUAAGUAUAAUGCUUGGGCAAAUGAUCGCAAGCGUUCAGGGGCCACACCAACGACAAGUCGUAGCCAACGUCAGCCCUGGGGUGAGAGCGAAGAAGAUCGCGAUAUGUGGGAAGAGGAACAACGCAGAUUGGACCGCGAGUGGUAUAACAUUGAUGAGGGCUACGAUGAUGAGAAUAAUCCCUUUGGCGGAGCAAAUGCUGAUUACUUUCGCAAACGUGAGGAAAUACUGGAACAAAAACGUACUAAACGUAUUAGUGCUCAGCAAAGACAAAACAAUAAAGACAAUGAACUCUGGGAGCGCAAUCGAAUGUUAACGUCUGGCGUUGUCAUGUCCAUAAAUGUUAAUGAUGACUUUGAUGAGGAGGCUGUUGAACGUGUGCAUUUGUUGGUCCAUCACAUCAUUCCACCUUUUCUCGAUGGCCGUAUUGUGUUCACCAAACAACCGGAACCCGUUAUACCAGUCAAAGAUCCCACCUCUGAUAUGGCCUUGAUAGCGCGCAAAGGUAGUACCUUAGUAAGGGUUUAUCGAGAGCAAAAAGAACGCCGCAAGGCCCAAAAGAAACACUGGGAAUUGGGUGGCACAAAACUUGGCAACAUCAUGGGCAUUGAGAAGAAAACCGACGAAGAAGAUGAGAAGUUCGAUAAAGACUCAGAUACCGCUGACUAUCGUAAGGAUCAAAAAUUUGCCGAUCAUAUGCGCGAUCAGGAUAGCAAUAGUGGUGCUAGUGAUUUUGCCCGCAAGAAAACUUUGACUGAACAAAGACGUUUUUUGCCCGUAUUUGCUUCGCGCCAAGAACUGCUCAAUGUCAUAAGAGAAAACUCUGUCAUUAUUAUAGUGGGUGAGACGGGCAGUGGUAAAACCACUCAGCUGACUCAGUAUCUUCAUGAAGAUGGCUAUAGUAAUUUUGGCAUGAUUGGUUGUACUCAGCCCAGAAGAGUGGCUGCUAUGUCAGUAGCCAAACGUGUUUCCGAUGAAAUGCAUACAAAAUUAGGCGAGGAAGUUGGCUAUGCCAUACGUUUUGAAGAUUGUACUUCGGAAAAGACAGUCAUUAAGUACAUGACUGAUGGUAUUUUGUUGCGUGAAAGUUUACGUGAUCCCGAUUUAGAUGGUUAUUCGGCCAUUAUUAUGGACGAAGCUCAUGAACGUUCUUUAUCAACUGAUGUUUUGUUUGGUUUGCUGCGUGAGAUUGUGGCCAGACGUCGUGAUUUAAAACUUAUUGUUACAUCAGCUACAAUGGAUUCCACAAAAUUUGCCACCUUCUUUGGUAAUGUACCCACAUUUACCAUACCCGGCCGAACAUUUCCCGUCGAUGUUAUGUUUAGCAAAAAUACUUGUGAAGAUUAUGUUGAGGCGUCCGUUAAGCAGGCUCUGCAAAUCCAUUUGACACCGAAUGAGGGUGAUAUGCUGAUCUUUAUGCCGGGUCAAGAGGAUAUUGAGGUGACGUGUGAAGUGUUGGCUGAACGACUGGUAGAAAUUGAAAAUGCUCCCCAAUUGUCUAUACUGCCCAUUUACUCUCAGCUGCCCUCCGAUUUACAAGCGAAAAUUUUCCAAAAAUCCCCCGAAGGUUUGCGCAAAUGUGUGGUGGCCACCAAUAUUGCGGAAACCUCUCUCACAGUGGAUGGUAUUAUUUAUGUUAUUGAUUCGGGCUAUUGUAAACUGAAAGUGUAUAAUCCUCGCAUUGGUAUGGAUGCUUUGCAAAUUUAUCCCAUUUCCCAAGCCAAUGCCAAUCAGCGUUCUGGUCGUGCCGGUCGUACUGGACCCGGCCAGGCCUAUCGUUUGUAUACUCAACGUCAGUAUAAGGAAGACUUGUUGGCCCUGACAGUUCCUGAAAUUCAACGUACCAAUUUGGCCAAUACAGUGUUGCUGUUGAAAUCAUUGGGCGUUGUUGAUUUAUUGCAGUUUCACUUUAUGGACCCACCUCCUCAAGAUAAUAUUUUGAAUUCGUUGUAUCAAUUGUGGAUUUUGGGUGCUUUGGAUCAUACGGGUGCUUUGACACCAUUGGGCAGACAAAUGGCUGAGUUUCCCUUGGAUCCACCGCAGUGUCAAAUGUUGAUUGUGUCGUGUCAAAUGGAAUGUAGUGCGGAAGUUUUGAUCAUAGUUUCCAUGCUUUCGGUGCCUUCAAUAUUCUACCGUCCAAAAGGUCGCGAAGAGGAAGCAGAUGGUGUACGAGAAAAGUUUCAAGUACCUGAAUCGGACCAUUUAACCUAUCUCAAUGUCUAUCUGCAAUGGAAACAAAACAACUAUGGUUCAAACUGGUGCAAUGAACAUUUCAUACAUGUCAAGGCCAUGCGUAAAGUGCGCGAAGUACGCCAACAACUCAAAGACAUUAUGAUACAGCAAAAACUAAAUGUGAAAUCAUGCGGCACCGAUUGGGACAUUAUACGCAAAUGUAUCUGUUCUGCCUAUUUCUAUCAGGCGGCUCGUCUAAAGGGUAUCGGGGAAUAUGUUAAUUUGCGUACCGGCAUGCCAUGUCAUUUACAUCCCACGUCGGCUUUAUAUGGUCUGGGCACCACCCCCGACUACGUGGUGUACCAUGAACUGGUAAUGACAGCCAAAGAGUACAUGCAAUGUGCCACAGCUGUUGAUGGCUACUGGUUAGCCGAAUUGGGUCCUAUGUUCUUUUCGGUAAAGGAAACGGGACGCAGUGGUCGUGAGAAAAAGAAACAGGCUGCUGAACAUCUCAAGGAAAUGGAGACACAAAUGCGUUUGGCCCAGGAGGAAAUCGAAGAACGUAAAAUAAAGGCGGCCCAAAGAGAAGAGCAAUUGGCCAAUAAACAAGAGAUUGCUACACCGGGUGUCACAACACCACGACGUACACCGGGACGUAUUGGAUUAUAGAUUAAAUGGCCGCUUUUGGAUUUUUUGUUUUGAGUAGCUUUAGUAAAAAUGAAAAUAAUUAAAAAAUGAAUUGUAUUAUUUCUGCUUUUAGGAAUAAAGAUAAAAAUACAUUUUGA